UUUCCUGUUGAAAAAGUAAAUUGACAAAACGAGAUCUAGACAGAAGAAUCAACAAAUGAUUUAUUUGUUUCAAUAAUAUUAGAAAUACGUUAUUAAUUAGAAUAAGUAGUAUUCGUUGAGCCCUAUAUGGACGAAUGAUUGAUAUAGGGCUUGAGAAACUUAAAUUCCCCUAAUGAGAGUAUUAGAAGCUGAUCCAUCAAUACCUUAUAAGAUGGGGAAAAAUAAAAAGCAUAGAAUACGCAAAACUAAAGAAAAUGAAGCUGAUGAAUCAAGUGACGAUGGAUUGCAAAACGGAGGGUGCCCGCACACGUCUAAAGCUGUCAACCUCGCAGCAAUGAGAAAAGUAGUUUUGAAACCAACAGUUUCCCUGGGAGAAUGUUCUAGUUGUAGUAAAGAAGCCCCUAACUCUUCAUCCCGCGAUUUAUUUGGUGGUGUAAUAGAAGGUCAAGUCCAGACAGCUGAUAGUGAUGAGAUGGACGGGGCAGAAACUACUGUUUGUAUAUGUUUACAGUGUGGUCAUCAGGGCUGUGAUCGCAACUCCUUAAACAAGCAUGCCUUAAAACACUACAAAACUCCUCAUUCUGGUAUACAUUGUAUAACUGUCAACCUGACUACCUGGUCUACUUGGUGUUAUAUUUGUGAUGAUAAUGUCCCAGUAAACGGCAGAAUCCAGUCUUGUAUAGACUUUCUCCAAAAACAAUCUGGAGUUAGUAAAACAGAUCUAGGUCAAUUAGCAGGUUAUCCAAUAGAAAGUCCGACAGAGUCUGUGAUAGUCAACAGUGCAUGUAGUAAAAACUCUGCCCCAGUAUCGUGUAUCAAAGUCAAGGGUUUAAGUAAUCUUGGAAACACUUGUUUUUUUAAUGCUGUUAUGCAGAGUAUCAGCCAGACGAGAGGCCUGGAAUCUCUGCUGGUAGAUGGGUGUAAACAAGGCAGGUUGUGUACCAUACCUGGUCCUGAUAGGGGCCUCGAGUCAGAUAGUGGUUCCAGUGAGGAAGAGGACAACAGCGAUGAUGACAUGGAGGAUAAAAUGAAAUCUUUGCCAAGUAUACAAACAACAUAUGGGGAGCCUGGGUCUGUAACUUUGGCUCUGCUUAGUUUCCUUCAAGAAAUGAAAGGUGGCACAACAAAGAAUGGCACUGUCAAUCCUACAGCUCUGUUUGCUCAAGUGUGUAAAAAAGCGCCACGAUUUAAAGGAUUUCAGCAGCAAGAUAGCCAUGAGCUGUUGAGGUACUUAAUAGAUUCUGUCAGGACAGAGGAGAUCAAGAGAGGACAGGCAUCCAUUUUAAAAUUCUUCAAGCUACCAGAGAGCAUCAGUCCAAAGAAAGUGGAUGAAGAAACAAAGUUUAAGGUCAAAGAAUAUGGACGACAAGUGAAGCACACAUUUCUAGACAGCUUGUUUGGUGGUCAGUUGGUCAGCACAAUUAAAUGUGAAGAGUGUAAAAGUGUGUCUCAGAUCUGUGAAGCUUUUCUUGAUAUAUCCCUGCCUGUCAUGGAAGAAAAACCCCAAAGACCUAAUCUGAUUUUGAUAGGAAAGAAGAAAGAUUCUAUCAGUCUUGCAGACACCCCUGAAGACAAUGCUGCCACACUCUCACCAGUAGCUCAGGAUCUAGGCUCUGACAAACCCAGCAAAUAUCAGGAGAGGAAAAAUAAACGCUUGGCCAAAAAAGAUGCUAAACGCAAAUCAAAAUCUUUCAAGGCCAAACCAGGUGAUGCGGAUACUAAAGAAAAUCAUGAGGAAAAGCCUGAUGAAGGCAGUGACGAGGGUAGCAAAGCUGAUGUGGAUAAAGACACAAGUCUGGCAAGUCCAGAUGACUCACCCAGCGUAGACUCUGUAGCCAGAACUGAGAACAGCUCACCUGAGGGCAGCAAAGAUGGCAUUGAUGGAAAUGACGAUGAGGAUGAUCCCUCUGAUGCAGAUGUUGAGGAUAACAUAGAGAGUGACAUCCAUAGACUGAAUGAGUCCCCUGCUUCAGACAGGACUCAACAUUCUGAUAGUCAGGAGGCUGGUGGUGACCUCGUCAAAAUAUUAGCUGGAAAUACUGAGAGCCUUGAAGCUGUCGUUGAGAUGAAGGCAUCAGCUGAGCCUCAGGAAACUGAUGAUGUGAAGGCAUCAAGUUGCAGUCAUGAAGCUGGUGGUGACCACAUAAAGGCAUCACCUGGACUUCAGGAAGUGUGUGGUGUUGACCAUGUGAAGACAUCAAGCUGCAGUCAUGAAGCUGGGGGUGACCAUGUAUCGGCAUCACCUGGACUUCAGGAAGGUAGUGGUGUUGACCAUGUGAAGACAUCAAGCUGCAGUCAUGAAGCUGGUGGUGACCAACACAAAGUUGAUACCACACAGCAGAAACAUGAUCAAGAUAUUGAAAAAGCCCACACACCACAUCUUAAACUGAGCCAGGCAGCUGAGAAUAACAAUAACAAUGGUGGUAUGUUGAGUUCCCACCCUUCCACAGAAGUGGUGCCAAGCGGUGAAGUAAAUGUCAAGCUGACCAGUUCCGUGGAUGAAUUAGACACCCUGUGUUCUCGUCUGGAGAGUGUGGCCAAGAUGAAUGGCCUGGAUGGUUCGUGUAUUUCCUGCCAGGUUAGUGUCAACAACUCACAGACCAUCCACCUGGCCAACGGUGUGGGCAGGCUGACCCUGGUUGACAGUGACAUUAAACUGUCUGAUGGCAGCGGUGGUGAGCCUCAGGUGCCAGCCACUAAGAAAGGACAUGAGAGGUCUAAGUGUGGUGUUCACGCUAAAGAGGAAGUCAGUGCUACAUUUAACUUGCAUGCUGGCCACCAGGAGCCCAGGUCUGUAGACAAAGUGGAAGAGGCUGAGGGUGCUUUGAAUGAGGACAGUCAUCAGCACAAUAUACUCAAAACUAGACAAGAAUACCUGAGGGAGGCCAAAAGUUAUUCCAUGAAUACACUUGCUCCAAGAUACCACCCAUCACCUAAAGAGUGUUCCAUCAUGUCCUGUUUGAACCAGUUCACUGCUGCUGAACUUUUAACUGGCUCUAACAAGUUUGGUUGUAAGGAAUGCACAAGAAGAAAGCGAAAUAAUUCUCACAAAGCAGGUGACAAAAAGGUCAAGGACACAGUAUACUCUAAUGCAAACAAGCAGUAUUUAAUAUUUCGUCCCCCUGCUGUUUUAACCCUGCACCUCAAGAGGUUUGAGCAAACUGGACUGACAUCAAGAAAAGUAAAUCGCCAUGUUGAUUUUCCCUUGGUGCUGGAUCUAGCACCCUAUUGUAGUUCACUGUGUCUGGGUGUAAAAGAAGGCCAAAGUAAAGUGUUUUAUUCUCUGUAUGGUGUGGUAGAGCACAGCGGGCGUCUGAGUGGUGGACAUUACACAGCUUACAUCAAAGUUCGUCCUGGCAUGCCACAUUACACACACUUUCUACACACCAUUCCACCAGGACCUUUAGAUCUACUCAAUGUGUACCUGACUAGAGUCAUGAAAAAUAAGGACAACAAUGACAGAGAGAAAACAGAGGAAGUUGACAAGGAUAUUGAGGCUUGCGCAGAAAGCUUGGUCCCACCUGGCCGCUGGUUCCACAUCAGUGACAGCAGGGUCAACGAGGUCCCAGAGUCUGAGGUUCUAAGAGCGCAGGCUUAUCUCUUGUUUUAUGAAAGGGUUUUUUAGGUGCGUUGAUAAACUAGGAUAUUGUUGUCUCUCAAGUGGUCCAUAACAGACGAUUUGAAAUGUGUAGAUUUUCUUUCUAGGCAAAUAUUAUACAAGACAGCAUUGUAGCAAGUAAGAAACUUAAUUGUAGCGAUGUUGGUCAAAAAUUUUUAACAUUAUGGUUUGUUGAAUUUCUUUAAAAAUAACCUGCAUAUGAAAUCUUGAUUAGGCUAGUACCAAAAAACAAAUGUGUAGAUUAUAAAUGUUGUAUUGAAGUUCAAAUAUCUUAAAAUACAAAAACAAACUAAAAAAAAACACAUCAAAAGAUAAUUUUUUUAUAAUACUAUUUAUUCCUCUAUUAUGUGGCACAUGUAUAGAUAAAAUAAGGGUAGAAUAAUUAGCACAUGUGGCCAGUAAAUGUAGUGCCAUUGUUUGAGAACUAAUGUAAUGUUAUUUUAUGUACAGCUAAAGAAAUAUCCAUGUCCUUGUGUGUAUUUUUUAUCUGCAAUAUUUUUUAUAGACCAGUUCAAAUAAAACAUUGUAAAUAUUGAUGUUAACAGAUCAAGUCAGUGUAUUUAAAUGAACUUGUUUACUAGCAGACAGCACAGCUUUUUUUUAGUCCCUGGGUGUUGUUUAGCACUUUAACUGUUUCAAAAUUAUUCUUUCUACUUUUUUAAAGUUCUCAUUGUUUUAAUGUUACUGUCAAAUGAGAUGAUUGAAUCAAUAUUUUUGUGUACAUUUUUAAGAGCUUUGUACAAUUAUGAAAUUUCAACAGGGUUAGCACUUUUAAAAUUUAUACUUUAGAAGUUAGAUUCUCCAAAUAAUCCUAUCAGUAAAAUUCAUCAACCGACUUCAAACAAAUUCUCAUUCCACUGAGGCAACAAAGAUAAUGGGUAUAACUGGCAAUCAUUGUUGUAUGAUAGAGAAAAAAAAUGUCUGAGACCUUUCUAUGAUCUCAACUCAGGUACAUUAUCACAUAGCUUACAUUCAGUGUGUACUAGUACUUGUGCUUUAGGUUUGUUUUCAUAUAGGUUGUUUUACAUAAAUAUGUACUGGUGUUUCUAGUUAAUCAUUAGCCCUUUAUUUCAGUUUCAUGUCUUUUUGUUGCUCCAUUCAACUGGUACCUCUAGUUUAGGACUAUUACACAGCCUUUUAAAAAAAAAAAAGAUUCAUACCUCAAGUGUAAGAAAGUUAAUGCACAGCUGUUGCUUGUUAUUUUUUUUUAAUGUUAAUUAGCCAUGAAAAACUAGUUUAAGCUUGUUGCUACAGAGCCUAUCUUAUGUUACAACAAGCGCCAUCUUGGUAAUUCUAACUUAGGUUUAUUGCUUCAUAGCUGUUUCUUGUUUUUUAACAUUCAACCUCUACUAGUACCUCAAGUUAAAAGAUUGUUACUGCAACUCUGUUGAACUGUAUAUUAUGUUCAACAUGAACUGGUUCCUAGUUCUAAAGAACUACUGUACUUUAGAAGGGUUGGGGGUAAAUGUUAUUGGACCCCUCCCCCCUUCUCCUUGAUCCUGGUGUUGUUUUAGUCUGGUGUUAUUUUUUUUAAAUGACCUUAUACAAAUUGAAAUUGGUGAUUGGGAUGUUUUAUAACUUGUUUGAAAAUGAUUGAUCAUUUAAAUGAUUGCCAUUCAAAAACCUGUCAUGACAUGUAAUCUUGGCCAGAUUUUUUCCACAUUUCAGUUUAUUGUAGUGCAUUUUCUUUUUAAAAAAAAUUGUCUUUCAUUGUUUGAAAGUUUUUUGUGCACUAUGAACAUGAUUGCCUAAUAAAGUACAUAAAGUCAAUG